AUGGCCAGCACCCUCUCGAUCGAACGCCAAAGGCAUGACGGCAACCCUUCGGACCGUCAGGCGUCGUGGCGCCAACCGGUUCAGGAGGAGCAGGCACGGGCGGGUUCAAGCGUGGUAGGUUCGGGCGCGGGGUCUGGGAGAGGAGGCUCAGGGGUGGGCUCUGGGAGAGGAGACUCGGUAGCCUCAGGGGUGAGGUCGCUGGAACACCCGCACGUGAAGCUGGCACCAUCGGCCCCCAAGGUCUGGGUCGACGAAGACGCGAAGAUGACUGCUUGCUCCGUUACUCCCAUGCCUUGGUGCGUAGUGCCUGGUACUGGACUUAUUUCUCCUGUCAUUUACAUCGUAAAAAUAUCUCCUCUUCAACUUGAAAUACCAAUGACAAUCCUGAUGGUAUCCUACAUGCGUUCGUAAGCUUGAUAAAAUACUACUGCGUUGAUGUCCUCUUGUAAAAGCUGAAAUCCAACAAAUGCUUUGAUCCAUGCUACAUCUCCGUGUUGGAAAAGCCCUUUCAUCUCCGUUCAUGAUAACAUCUUACCCUAUUCUAUGCAAAUCUGUCACAUCUACUCUCAAACAAGACGCCAACUUCAAACGAAAACGCGCUCUACGAUGCGUCUACACUCCAUCCCCAUAUCAUUGGCGUUGACUGGUCCGAGGUCGAUCUUGUUCGCCUGUUUUC